AUGAUGAAUGAUGUGAGUUCCGAUAAAACUAGAAACAAUGAUGAUAGAAACUUUUCAUACAACUCAGAUGUAAACAUGAAAGAAAAUAAUAGUAAUAUGAUUUUAAAUAUGAAUAUAUAUAAUAAUACCUCAAAUAGUUAUAAUGAAAAAAAAAAAAAAGAUAUAAAUUCACUUAAUAUAACAAAAGUGAAAUAUCUAGAUAACGAAACAUGCGAAGAUAUUUAUAACAAAAAUGCAAAUGAAAAUAAUAUAGAAAAUGAUAAAAUUGAAGUUAAUACUAAAGGUAAAUUUAAUAAUUUAUUUUCAUCACUUAAUGAAAACAUAGAAGAUGACACCAAAUGUAAAAAUUUUUUAAAUAGUAAAAUUAUAGAUAACAAUUAUAUUAAUAAUAAUAAUAAUAAUAUUUCAGAAAUUAAGAAAAAUAAUACAUUAGAUAAUAAAUAUAAUAAUGAACAUUAUAAAACAAUUUCUACAAAAGAAGAAAUACAUUGUAUUUCUAGCCAAAUGAAAAACAAAAAUACUUUUAAUCUAAUGAAUAAUGAAAUAAAUAAUAAUUUAAAAAAUACAAAAAGUGAGAUAAAAGUUCCAGAAUCUUCAAAUAUAUAUAAUAAAAGUGUUACUAAUGUUCUUACUAACAAUGAUAAUAAAAACCAGAAUUGUAAAGAUACGAAUAAUAAUAAUAUUAAUAAUAUUGACAAUCAUCAUUUUUUUAGCUUCAAUAAUGAAAAUCCUAAUUUGAAUAGUAACACACCAAAUAUAGAAAAAGGAAAUAAUAAGGUAAAUAAUUCUUUAAAUAAUGAAAAUCUUCAAAAUAAUAAAAUAUUUAAUAUAGAUUUAAAUGAAGAAAACUGUUAUGAUGACGUAAAUGGCAAUAAACUAAAAAACAAAAAUGAAAUUAGUUCAAAAAGUAAUUCUUUAAAUAACAUAAAUUCCGUAACUGAUAUAACAGAAGAUUGUAAAAAUACCAUUAAUUUAAGUGAAUUUAAUAAAACUUAUUAUGACAAUAAAACUGAAAAUGAAUAUAAAUCAAGGAAUAAUUCUUUUACAACAUCUAGUAAGUUAAGCAAAUUACCAAAUGAAUUAAUAACUAAUAAAAGCAAUGAAAAUGAAAAUGAAAAUAAAGUUGAUAUAAAUUCAUUAAACACAUAUCCCUCUUCAAAAGAAGGUAAAAAUGAUGAGAGAGUUAAUAAAAACAACAUUGAGAAUAACGAAAAUUUUGAUCAAUGUAAAAAUGAAUUUGCUAUUAAUAAAGAAAAAGAUAAAAUAUGUUUUUCUAAUUAUGAGAGUGAUAAAAUAAACUCAAAAAAUAUAACAAAUUGUAAGAACGAUAAUAAAAUAGAUGUGGAAUCUUAUGAAGAUUACAAUUUUGAUAGUAAACUAUCCUAUGAUCAUAUAAAAGUAAAAAGCAAUGAAAAUUUUAAUAUGAAUAAAAAUAAUAAUAAAUGUGAUAAUAAGGAAUCAAAUGAAGAAAAUAAUUCAAAUAUUGUUAAAAAUUUUUGUAAUCCUUAUAAUUUAAAUAAAGAAAAUAAUUUAAAUGGAGACAUUAAAUUAAAUAAAGAUAAUAAAUUAAACGAAGACAAUAAAUUAAAUGAAGAUAAUAAAAUUAACGAAGAUAAUAAAUUAAAAGAUGAUAUUCAUUUAAAUGAAGCUAUUUAUAUAAAUAAAAAUAGCUCAAAUAAUAAUGUUAGUAAGGAAAAUAACAUAAAUAAAGAUAAAAAUAUAAAUGUAGAUAUACAUUUAAAUGAAGAAGGUAAAUUAGUUGAUUGUAAAAGUAUAGAUAAAGAAGACAAAUUAAAUAAAGAAAACAUUUUAAUCAAAAAAAAUAAUUUAAAUAAUGAAAAUAAUUUAAACAUGGAUAACAAUUUCGUUGAAAAAAAUUAUAUAAAAAAUAGUAAUAAUAACAACAGUUCUGAGAAUAAUGUAAAGAAUAAUAAUUUUUUAAAUAGUUGUAACAAGAAUGAAAGCAUUAAUUAUAAUAUGAAUAUGAAUGUUAAUAAUGAAGCAAGUAUAUAUUAUAAUAUAAGUAAUGAUAAUGAUAAUAGAGAAUUAAAUACAAAUAAUAAUACAACAACAACAACUACUACUACUACUACUACUAAUGAUAAUCAUAAUAAUACUAUAACUACUACUAAUAAUAAUAAUAAUAAGAAUAAUAUUACUACUACUAGUAGUAGUAAUAAUGAGAAUAUUCAUUUAGAUAACAUCACUAAUGGUAAUUUAAAUUCAUAUGAUUUGAAUAAUAAUGUUUUAGAUAAUUAUAUUUCGAAUAAUUACAAAUUAAAUAACACCAACCUAGAUAACUACAAUCAAGUUAUUGAAGAUUCAGAAAAUAUAAAUGAAGAUAAUAAUGAAAUAAAAUAUAAUGAUAAAAUGGAUAAUAAUAUUACUAAAACAAAAGCAAAUAAUAAUUUAAACAACAACAUGAAAAAUACUACAUGUGAUAAUAAUAAUUAUAAUGAAGAAGAGAUAAAAGAUAUCCCAAAUUCAAAUGAGGAAAAUAAAAAAUCUACAAUGAACCAAGAUAAUGAUUUUAUUAAUUUAAAUUUAUUAAAAUUAGAUGAAAAUAGUGAAUUAAAAAUGAAUAUGAACAAUAAUGAAACGUUUAAUUCACAUUUAUCAAAUGAUGAAAAAGGAAAAUUUCUUUUUCAAAAUAAAAUUCCUUUUUCCCAAAAUACGGAUAAUAUUAAUGAUAAUCAUGAUAAUGUAAAGAAUGAUUUUAAUGAAACUUUAUAUAGAAAUGAAAAUAACUUAACAAAAAACCUUACUUAUAAAGAUGAUAAUAAUUUCAAUGUUAAUUCUAAUAAUAAUAGCAACAAUAAUAAUUCCAAUAUUAAUAACAAUAUCAAUAAUAAUGUUGAAUAUGAUAAUUACAAUAUGAAUGAUGGAAUUAAAAAAAAUACAUUUUACAAAAAUAACUAUACAAUAAAAAAUGAUGAUUUAAAUAAUUUUAAUAAUACAAACUUGAAUUUUACAAAUUUGAAUGAAAGCAAUAAUGAUUCUUAUUUAGGCAUAAAAGAGGAUAAAAUAACUGGAAAAAAUAUAAGUAAUGCAAAUGAGUAUAAACAAGAAAAAUGCAAUGAUUUAAAAGAAAAUAAAGAAAUAAAUAUGAAUACUACAGAAAAUAUAAAAAUGAAUUCAAAAGAAGGUGGUACUAUGAGUGAUAUGAAUGAGAAUGAUUAUAUUCCUAUAGGAAAUAUGAACAAUGAAAAUAAAGAAUUAGAUUCUAUAAAAAAAAAAAAAUUAAAAAAACAAAAGUCAAAUGAAUAUAAAAAUGAGAAAUUUAAUAAUGAUAUGAAUAAAGGAGAAAAUAAAAUUAUUGAUAUAAAAAAUUGUAAUAAAAGAAGAAGAAACAGUUUUUUAAAUGAUGAAAAAAAAAAGGAAAGAAAAAUAGUUACGCCUAAUAAAAGAAUGAAUGAAUAUAGCGAUAAUAAUAUAAACACCAAUUAUAAAUAUACAAAUACUAAUUGUUACAUAUCGACAAAAGAAAAUAAAUUAAAAUUCAAAACUUAUUUAAAUAAUAUGGAAAAUUCUAAGUUUAAUAGAAAAUUUGAAGAUUUCAAUAUGAAUUUAAAUAUUCCAAUUAAGCAAAAUGAUGGUUUUUAUAAUACGAAUGAAAACAAUAUGCUCAUGAAUUCAUUAAGUAAUAGAUCUAUUAAUAGACCUUUUAUAAAAAGUAAUUUAAAUGAAACAUCUAAAAUAGUCGAUAAUACAAGGUAUUUAAUUAAUAAUAAUAAUAAUAAUAAUAAUAAUAAUAAUAAUAAUAAUAAUAUAAAUAAUAAUAAUAUAAAUAAUAAUAAUAUAAAUAAUAAUAAUAUACAUAAUAAUAAUAUAAAUAAUAAUAAUAUAAAUAAUAAUAAUAUACAUAAUAAUAAUAUUAAUAAUGAUAAUAAUAAUAAUGAUAAUAAUAAUAAUGAUAAUAUUAAUAAUAAUGAUAAUAAUUAUAAUGAUAAUAUUAAUAAUAAUGAUAAUAAUUAUAAUGAUAAUAAUAAUGAUGAUUGUGAUAAUAAUAAUAAUUAUAAAAAUGCUAAUAUAAAUAAUAAUUUGGAUUAUAUGAAUAUAACGAAGAAAAACGCAUAUGAACCUUAUGAUGAAUAUCUAAACAUAAUAAAAAACAAAAGUAAUAAUGUUUCCAAUGAGAAUGAUACAUCUCAAGAAAAUAUAAAGACAAAAAAAUAUAAUAAAGUGGAUAUAAAUGAUAAAAAAAAAAGCAAGAAUGAUAACGAAACAUUAUUACCAAUAGCAAAUAUAAGUAGAAUUAUGAAAAGAAUAUUACCUAUAUCAGCAAAAGUAGCAAAAGAAAGUAAAGACAUUAUAAGAGAAUGUGUAACGGAAUUUAUUCAGUUUUUAACUAGUGAAGCAAGUGAUAGAUGUUUAAAGGAAAAAAGAAAAACAAUUAAUGGAGAAGAUAUUUUAUUUUCUAUGGAAAAAUUAGGAUUCAAUGACUAUGUAGAACCCCUAUCUGAAUAUUUAAACAAAUGGAGACAACUAAAAGGAAUAAAUAACUCAAAUAACUAUCAAGAAAAAAGAUUUGAAAAUUUUAAGAAAUCCCAAGAGAAAAAUAAUUUUAUAAAUAACAGAAGAAACGAAAUUAAUAUGAACAAUAAUAAUACAUUUAUGAAUAUGAAGGGAGGAAAUAUUUAUUCUAAAGAUAAUUAUCAAUUAAUGAAUAAUGUUUAUAAUCAAAAUGAAAUGUAUGACAAUAACUUAAAUAUGUUAUACUCAAAUUCUAAUGAAAGUGAUUUUAUUAACAGAAUAUAA